AUGAGAAGCAACGCCCUUAUCGGACGGGUUCCAAAGCCAUGCAAGUCUUCACAACAUCACAUGCUUCCCGACAUGUCUGUUCCCACAUUUGAACACGGUCACUACAUGACCAUGAAUUCACAACUCCCUUGGUCAUCUGAGUCUCUCGUAGUACCGUCCCUGCACCAAGACGUGUCGAGUCAGGGCAGCAGCGCGGAAGAAAGGUUUCUGUCCGAGUCACCCUCGUUCAAUGAUGCAGAAGGCGAAGCCGACACCCCAUCGGCAGCAGCCGCAGAAGAGCCCAAGAAGCCAAAACGCAGCCGUCCCAAUCGCUACAAAAACGCGCCGCCCGCUGUCAUUCAACGCCGCAGAGCUGCCAACAGAAAGUCCCAGCGCGCCUACCGCAAACGCAAAGACGACCGCAUCGCUGAGCUCGAGGAGCUCCUCGACGAGGCCACCAAGCGCGAGCAGCAAGUCAGCCACGCGUACAUGACGCUCCGAGCCGAGUUCGAGCAGCUGCUCAUGAUUGGCAGCCCCGAGUCCACCAGCCACCACGGCCGCUCCCCCAGCGUCGCCAGCACAUGCGCCGCCGCCUCAGCACCACCACCAACAACGACGGGCACAACGACGGGCACAACGACAGGACUGGAGGUGGAGGAAGUAGCGGCGUCUACAUUUUUGGCCCUGGCCGUCUUUUCGCAACAAAACAGCGGCGCAAUCUCGCCGCAACUGGCGCACAUGCAGCAACAGCAAACGGCGUCAUCACCACACCUCCUCUCUGUCUACCCACCACCGCCAAUGUGA